AAAAGUUCGGUUGCGCUAGCUCACCGCUCCUAGUCACCUUUUACCAACUGGGUGUUAAGAAUCGAUAUAGGUGUUCUUUGGGAAAACGAACCGGAGACCACGCCAGGGGAGUGAAAUACUUCCUCCCAGCGAGGCUUGCGGAAAACCGUAGCGACUUGCCUAUCAUGGUCAAAGCUCUAACAUGCAGAGGAAUAAAUAAUCUCGGAAGUGCUGAAGUUUGUUUACGGACGAUGAGGUAGCUAACUCGUUAGCCCAGUUAGCCUGUUAGCGAGAAAAGCUGCGCGUUUUCAUAGUUUAACAACGUUUAUAAUGAAUUCAGCUAAGCAGGUGGGUUGCAUUGAAGACAGCUUUACCUAAAAUUGAAAAGUAAUUGUUUGAUCGUGUGCUUGCGUUUGCUUUAGGCGAGCCACAGGAUUUCAAAUUAGUCAAACACAAAACAACGUUUGCUUAAAAAGUCGAAGAAACUGCUCAUCCAGGCUAAAUCCUUCAGGUAUAACUAGCCUGAUCCGUGAUACUGGAUAUACCACUGUGGUUACGAAUGACAUAUCAGGUUUGCGGUGUUGUACCUGCGACUCCUCAUCAGCAUCAGACCUAAGCUCGUCGUAUUGGUCCACGAUGGCCCCCUUGUUCAGUUAAUAAGUCCAGUGGAGUGAGUUGGACCAUGGGAGGAUGCGUGGGGAGAUACUGGAACGGCUGGGAGGACUCACGCAGCCGAGGCUCGUCCAGGAACGGUGGAAGAGGAGGACGUAACGAACCUCUGAGAAAGGAUCGACCCAAGUGGAAGAGCGACUACCCGAUGACGGAGGGCCAGCUGCGUAGCAAGAGAGACGAGUUCUGGGACACGGCGCCAGCCUUCGAGGGCCGCAAUGAGAUCUGGGACGCCCUUAAAGCUGCUGCUGUGGCCCUGGAGUGCAAUGACCAUGAGCUAGCUCAGGCUAUCGUUGACGGAGCCAGUAUCACACUGCCACAUGGAACUCUGACUGAAUGUUAUGAUGAACUUGGAACUCGCUACCAGCUGCCUGUCUACUGCCUGGCGCCACCUGUCAACCUCAUCACAGAAUGCAGCGAUGAGGACCCCAGCGACAGCCCAGAACCCUCUAUAACCUCCAAGAAGGAAUUCCAGCUCAAGGUACGACUGUCCACAGGGAAGGACCUGCGUCUCAACGCCAGCAUGGCCGACACCAUCGGGCAGCUGAAGAAGCAGCUGCAGGCCCAGGAGGACAUCGACCUGACCCACCAGCGCUGGUUCUUCUCCGGUAAGCUGCUAACGGACAAAACACGGCUGCAGGACACCAAGAUCCAGAAGGACUUUGUGAUCCAAGUCAUCGUCAACGCACAGGCUCUCGGAGGUCCCAGGGUGUCCCCCACAGCCAUCGCCUCUUCCCCCGCUUCUGAAUAAACUCAGACGGGUGAUGGAGGGCUGGAGCAGCAGGUGGAGGAUGCUGCAGGAGUACAUGUACCACCACCAUCUCCCACCACCUCAAUGCUGGAUAACUUUAUUCUUUUUGACAACAGCUGCUGCUACACAAAGUCUAUCUGGAGGAGCAAACUCAAAGGGAAUAAUGAAACGUGCUGCUUUUAUCUGGCGGACAUGUUCAGCGUGGUUCCUUUGUGUUCCUGAGACCUCUGGAGUUUAGAUGGUGUCUGUCACACAUCUACCUUGCCUUUGGACUUCUCUUCUGCAGUGCCAACAGAUGUUUGUGUUGUUCUUAAAUCACAUUUCCUCCUUAUUUCUGCUCCACUACGAUGAGAAAUGCAAGCUGGAGCAAACGAUGCAGAACAUUCUCUUUUUCUGCUUUCAUCAAGGAGAUGACAGUAACUGAGCUGUUUUGCACAAUUUAAGCUUAUUCCUGUAUUUUUGUGGUAGUUUGUGUGCCUUCUAAUGAAAAGGGUUAAUAACAUGAAAGGUGUCUAAACCCUGUGUAUUUUUAAAUUCUCACUGCUGCCUUUUUAACGCUUUCUUAAAUUUCACCUUUCUUGGUGUGUAUGUGUGUGUGUUUGUGUAAGUAAAUGCGAAGAAUAACAAUCUGAGUUGAAUCAAAUCAGCUCUAGGAGAUGAAUCUGAUGGAAAAGAAGCUGCAGAUCAGUUCUGCUGCUUGUCUUUUAGUUUGUUUUGACUGCUGCCUUACUGACUGCUUUUGGACCACUGAGAGGAAACCACAAAGCCCUGUAUUAUAUACAUAUUAGGUCGCUAAAACCUUUUGUCCCUUUUUGUAAACCGCUGGUUGUAAUUUUCUGCUUAUUAAAAGUGGAGUAAAUUGAUGGGAAACACUUCUUUUCACUGAAACUGAGCGGUGAGUGUAAACUCAGAUCCUACAAACAGCCGCAGUGCCUCUAGCUCCCUCUCGUGGAUUUAUUGUUAUAUUUAUUGUUAUAGUUAGACUUUUCAUGUGUGAGUGAUUUAAACACACUUCAGCUAUGAGGGAGAAAUUUAAAAAUGAAACAUGAGUCAUGGUUCAUGUAGUCCCUGCAUGUCUAAAUAUCGAGCGUCCCCCCAAAAAUCCCUCCCAGCUUUCCUUAGGUGCAAUCCUGGCUGAAGGGCUGGAGAACACCAGUGUGUUAUAGAAAGUUCAGUCCCAGCACACACCCCUCUACUGAACUACCUUUCGAACAUAUAUUUGGGUGCUACAUCCUCUCAUUAACCCUUAAAGCACUACUAUGAGAGAAGCCUUAAAGGUUGAUAAUGAGCUCACACUGCCAAAAAGAAAAAUAUGUGAUUUGUUUUUAUUGUUAAACGUUCCCAUUCUGACUAAUAUUCUGUAGCUGCAGAAGUGUGGUUCUGUAUAGUGUCAAGGUCCUAGUGACUGCAUCACUAACAAUUACUUAAUCAUAUGUCAUGGCAGAUUUAUCUUAAGCCCUCAACGCCGGUUGUCGCAAAUUGGCAUCAAACCUGCAUCUGCUCCAAAUGCAACCAGAAUACUGCAUGUACCUGCAAAAAAUCCACAAGUGAAAAAAAAAAUUAUAAUUCUUAACUAAUUCAGGUGUUAAGGGGUAAAAGUACCUUUUUAAAAUGAAAACCUAAUUACUGAUUUGAAGAAGCCCAAUAAAACAAAAACAACAUAGUUGAAGUGUAACCUGACCUGUAGAGGCUGGAUGUAGCUUUCGGGUUAAAAUUCAUGAUAGAAACAUGAUCGAGAUGAAAGAUUUUUAGUCUUUAACAACCACAAAGUCACAAAUGUGUUUUAGUGAUUUAAUAUUGAAAAUAUUAGGAUAUGAAACAAAAUGUUGUCACAAUGUUUGGGAAAAGAAGUCACUCUGUUGAAGCCGGUCUCACACUAACAUGGACUGAUCAGAGAGAAAUGUGUAAAUGGAAAAGAAACCAGCCCCAAGGUACAAAUAUGUGGAAAAUAAGCUAAAUUCUUCCUAAUUAGCAACUAAAACUAAUCCAUUGACAUACAAGACCUCUCUUACUUUGAAAAUGUAGAAAUUUCAAAACACAACAGUUCAAACAACUUUUUCUUGAACCUGAGAAGCAUAAAAAACCUUUAGUUACUUCUAAGUUAAUGAAGAAGAUGCCAAACUUGUGAUAUUUCACUAAACCAGCUUUCCUAUGUGUCUACAGCAUGAAGGUCUUCGUUUUUACUCACCACUCUUUCCCCCCACAAUCCUCCAGCAUGGUCAUCCCGGACGAGCCCCCAGUAUGUUUUCACUCUGGCUUAAACACGUCGUUUCACGAGUUUUGGUCCUGUCACAUAUUUUGAGAUCGGUUUUAUUUCUUGUAUAGAAACACUUUGGUUUAAUUUUUGUGUUUUUUAGGGAUUUUACGCAAUCAUUGUUGCAAACUUGAACUGACAUAUUCUCUUCAUGUGCAAUAUGAUGGAUGCUGACCUCAUUUAGAUUUUUGUCUGUGUUUGUGAUGAAAAGGUGCCCUCGUGUCAGAAUCCGGGUCCAGACCAGCUGUCGUUUCAAACUUGCUUUAGAUCAUCAGUACCCGUCAGUGGGUUUAAAUAGCAGAUUUAGCCUUUAACACAGUCCCAUUUCAUUGACUGACAUAGUUUGAUUUCUUAAUGUUUGCGGAGUGUUUUGACAUGUUAGUCUUAGCUGCGAAGGUUGAACCCAAUGAGCCUAAAAGUCGAGCUUUAUCUGUCAUUUCUUGUGUUUUAAGAUCCUUGCAGCAGUGAGCCUUGAUUGAGUGUUUGAACCCAUUACUGUUUGUCCCUGUGCUCUUCUUUGUUUAGAAUUUUUUAAGCAUUAACCACUGAGCCGUGGUCAGUCCGCUGUGGUUGAUUUAAAGGGACUUUAAAUUCAAAUGAACUCAGAAAACCUUUAAGAGCUGUAAAGGCCCUUUUAGUGUGCUACGGUUAAUUUGCUAGAUCGACAAUGGCCAUGUCCAAAUUCAAACGCUGCGUCCUUUGGAGGCUGUCUGAAUUGGAAUCCUCCUCCAAAUGUGGCCCACAAAUAUGUUUUUCUUGGAUUUGAAGGACAGGCCUGGUGCAUCCUUCAUGGCCCACCAUAUCCCAGAAUUUAUUGCGGGCUGAAAGUGAGAUUUUAGUCCUUGAUGGUGAGCGAAGCGUGGGAGGAAUAGAGGUUUAAGUGUAAGUAUUUUAAAAUAUGUACAGAAAUGAAAAGCUUAAAGCAGUUGUUUUCCAAGCCUUGGUUUACAUAGUUGUUUUUAAUUUAACUUUUGUCAAAAAUCUUAAGGGAAAUCAUUGUAAAGGAGUUUGUAUGGCUAUAAAGAGUGAGUGAGGUGAUUAACAAAAGCUGCAGAAUUUUGAGCUCCAUUUUCACUAACUUCUGUUCAGCUCUGAUGCGGUUGCUAGGCAAUGGGACAAAUGGUGAGGUAAGGGCAAAAAUAAAUCUGACAGCUCGGUUGUUCUAUUUCACAGCUGCUCACUUAGAGAACCGGGUCGGUGAAGAACCCGGCCUACGUGGACUAGGUAGGACAGGUCCUUCAAAGGAUGCAGCCCGAGUUUGGACACAGCCUUGUACAUGUUUAGACAUCCAAAUAUAACCUGCAUGCUGCUGGUUUCACUUUUGUAUGAUGAAAGAUUCAUUGUCUAGUUGCUAAGGUUAGGAAUCUGGUAUAAUAUCAAAGACUUAAAAAGUAGACGUGUAACUCCCCCAAUAAUAAAAAAACAUGUGGUCUCCCACACUAAAAGGGUUUUUAACAGCUCUUAGAGCUUUCUGAACUAGAAAAUCUGAUCUACAAACUAGUAAAAUAAAUGUUUUGAAACAAUAAUUUCCCUUUGGGAUUAAUAAAGUAUCUUUUGAAUUGAA